AUGAACGACAUUCAAGUGUGGAACAACGCCGCGUUCGACGACCGCGGCGGCAACGGCAACGGCAACGGCAAUGGCAACGAAGACAACUCCUUCUUCCCGAUGAAGACUUCUCGGUCUUCCUCCGAGUGCACCAAAGAAAACCUGAGCCCGCCCGCACCCAAUAAUUCCUCCAAGAAAAACAUCACCGCCACAAAUAAAAACCCCAAGGGUUACGGUUUCGGUUCCGACGAUAACAACAACAAUAACAGGAACAUUGACGACGAGAUCGAAGAAAUCGAGCGCGAGAUCCAUCGUCUCACCACGCGCCUCGACGCGCUCCGCCUGGAGAAGGCGAAGCGGGGGAAGCGCGUGGUGAUGGGCAGAGUCGUCCCCGCGAAGUUCAUGGAGCCGAGGCCAAACGCCGUCAUUUCAAGAAAACCCGAAGAAACGCCGAAGACGAAGGUUAGGGUUAAUAACGAUAAUGCGUGGCGGCGAGGGAUGAGUCUUGGACCAAAUGAGAUUGCUGCGGCGACGCCGGCCACCGCCUUGCAGAGUCGCCGGAAAUCGUGCUACUGGAAGAUUCCGGAGAUCAGCGAGGAAUCGAGGGCGAAAACCACCGUUGGGAGAGUGAAGAAGAAAGAGGAAAAUUUGGUGGUUCAGGUUCAGGGGAAGAAGCUGUUUGAGAAGGAGAAAGCGAAAUCGGUGUGUGAGAGUAGCAAGAAGGGGAGGGUGGUGGCGAGUAGGUAUAAUAGUGAUGUGAGGAAGAGGUCGUUACCGGAGGGAGGGAGUGAGAUUAGGGUUAAGAAGACGUGGGAGAUUCCGAAGAAUGGCAGAGAAGAGGCGACAGCGGGGGCAGUGGUGCUUCCGAAGAUUAAGACGACGAAGUGUGUGAAUGAAAGUCCCAGAGAUUCUGGUGCAGCGAAAAGAGUUGCUGAGUUGGUUGGAAAGAGGCCUUAUUUCAGCACUGAUGAGAAAGAUGUUUGUCAGAUUCUGAAUUUUGCUGAAGAGGAAGAAGAAAGCCAAUGA